AUGAAGCAUUCAAUAUUUCAAAUAACCAAAUGAAUGAUCAUGAAUAUGUACACAAUGAAGCCUCUUCCUAAUGAAAAAGAGACUUGAUUUGUGCCGAACAUUUAUUGUUAUCAUAUUAUUGUCAUCAUUCACUAAAAGAAAGGACCGAAACCUUUUUCCAAGAAAAGACAACAGCAGCUAUAUUACAUUUUAUCAUUAUAAGAAAUGCUCAAGGCUUGUGCGAGGUCCGUGUGAUAUAGUGCAAAUAUACUUUAAACUCUUGUUAAUUUUUAAGGUCAAAUAAAAGUGACGCAUGCUAUCUUAAAAUUCUUUAAAAGAAUCAACCGGUGUCCUGUCUCAGCCAAUAGAAAGCGCUUUUGUCGUGUACUAAGCAAAUAACCAAUCACCUGCUUUUAUCUCGAGUUCCUGUCAUGGAGAACUGAUAAUUUUAGCGGUUUGUAACUAUGGAGUGAUAGUGAAAAGGGUUUCUCUCUGCAGAAAACUAAGUAACGCCGAUGACCUGCUGUAUGUAUAAGUAAGGAAGACACGUAGCAAAGCAAAGGAACAGCAGCUGGGCGUAGCACAAGAUUUGAAUCUUGAAAGAUGAUCUUCCUAGAUGGCCACCAGCUCGGCGCUUUCCUACUGCUGCUUUGUACUCGUGUCACGUGCUCUAUCACGUGCUUGGCCGGUAACAAGUCACACGAUGACGUAAUCUGCCAAGCAGAUAGACUGGUGGAAAUAGGCAAUACUCCGAGAAAUUGGUCUUCUAUCGAUCUUCAGCUUGGUGUUUGCGAGCUCCUUGAUGAACAGACCUCAGUUGCUGAUCCUAGCAGCGGGUCUGCGCAAGUUCAGUUGCUAUCUGAUUUGUUGGCCUCGAAGGAAUACAAAAACAUCAGAGGAAUUCUAUGCACCCAAGAGUGUUCCAACUGCACCCUGUCCAUAAAUACCUCGAACACUGUUACCAAAGCAGUACAAAACAAUUAUACUGGCUGCGUAGGGACAAAAAGCUCGCCAUCAACUUUUCUAAAGAUAUCUUCCUUUUAUGGAUACAUGCCUUGUUGCCAUGGAAAUACAACUACGCAACGGUGUCAAGCGAGUAUGAUAGUAGUCAAGGAAAUCAGUCGUUGCUAUGACAGAGCAGCGGUUGUUAUGUCAGCAGCUUAUGUCAUAAGCCCCCUGAGCAUGUUACUAAAUGGCGUGGUAGUUGCCGUCAUAAUUGAAAAAAAAAAUCUCAGAAAAAAUGUGAAUAUGCUUUUAGCAGCGAAUAUGGCAAGUUGCGACUUCAUACUGGGGGUAUACAUGGUGCUAAUAACUCGCAACUUGCAAUACUAUGAUUAUUCAGUAUUCAUCGCGGAAUUUACUGGUAUAUGUCCGGCUUCUCUGGUGUUGUGGGUGAUUGGUAACACAGGGGUGAUCUUGACAUCCUUGUUCAUGACAGUCGAGAGGUACAUCGCAGUGGCGCACGCGUUGCAUCCUCAUAAAAAGAUCAGCGUUCGGAAAGCUUUGCGAGGGUUAGCCGGGCAGUGGGUAUUUACUUUGGUUUUAGCGGUCCUGCCUUUUCUGUCGCCGGAUGGCUACUCCGUCACAUACAUGUGCAUCCCUGUUGACCCAACAUCAAAGAACAAGUUCGUGCUAGGAUACAGCAUCGCAAUGGUCCUAGCAGGCUUUAUAUCUUAUGUCGUCAUUCUCAUUCUUUAUGUUCAAAUCUACAGGCUUGUUAAACGCUCAGGUACUGCCGUGGGUGUUAAGCGCGAGGGGAGAAUGGCAAGAAGAUUGGCCCCUUUGAUUGUCACAAACAUGGUGUUCUUUUUUCUCCCGAUUUUGGUAAUUCUCAUAUGGAUGCUGAGGUACAUUUUCGGAGGGACAUCUUUGACGAAUGUUCUUCUCAGCCUACUCACGGGUCCAGUAACCAUUAUUUUGUUCGGAUUGAAUUCUUGUGCUAAUCCGGUACUCUACGUUUUCAGAGCAUCGAGAUUCCAACAAGCUGUUAGAGCAAGCUCGAUACUCUCGACGAGAAGAGCUGCUGUUGUUCAUUUUGAAGCAAACAGAUCAAAAUCCGGGACUAGAACAGAAACACAGACAUAAUGUCACAUAACUCACAAGAACUUUCAUCAUCAAAAUUAUUAUCAUCAGUAUCCUCCAACCAUUAUCAUGAUAUCGAUUGCAGGUUAUAAUUCUUCUUCUAAUCAUCUUCAUCAUAUCUCUCUUAUUCUAUGUACUUUUUGUACUUAUUACUUUUUGUAUUUAUUUUAUAAAUAUAUGUGUACAUAUAAAUGUUUGUUAUUAAUAUUAUUUAAAGCGGAUUUUUUCCCAAUUUCUGUGACAAAAGCGGGCUUUCCAAAGAGAUAAAAAACACAAAUAAAGAGAGCCGACUCGUA